AUGUUCUCCCGUCUCUCUGUCUCGCUCGCGCUCGUCGCCGUCCUUCCCUCGCUCGUCUCGGCCAUCUUCCCGGCGGCCGAGUCGUACGCCGCUUGUCUCGAUGCUGCCCCUACCGGUCUGCCCGUCCUUGUCCCCAUCGCCGAUGCUACCGGUGGCUGUUCGACCUACUGCGCCAACAUGAACUGGCGAUACGCCUACCUCUCUCCCGGUUCAACCCAGUGCGGCUGCUCCAACGUCGGCCCCACGGCCGCUGAGUACUCGACUGCCACCGACGCAUUCAUGGGAUGCACUGCCGCCCAGUGGGAUGUCCGCAUCCCCCUCACCACCUUCGGCGUCCCGACCUGUUACUCCGGCUACACCACCACCUCGGACCCCACGCUCCGUCUUGGUCCCACCACCGUGGCCGACCACAGCCAGUGCUUCCGCUUCUGCCUCAACUAUGACGCUGCCACCCUCGUUCCCUCUACCUCCGGUACCGGCUACUCGUGCACCUGCGACCGGGACGCCGGAGACGUCGCCUCCGCCGACCAGGCUACCUGCGCCAAGGGUGUGCUUGCUCGUUACGCUGGUCACUCGGCCGGCCAGACCGUCGACGGCACCGGCGCUCCCGGUCCCUCGACCUUCGUCAAGAGGCAGCAGAGGGAGCAGCUCCGCCUCGCCGCGGAGAAGGAGCAGAAGCUGUGCCCGGACGAGGGCAAGGCGUGUCUCGUGGCUCAGGGCAAGGAGAGUUGGGAGUGCAUGGACACCCAGUCCGACCUCGAAUCGUGCGGUGGCUGCAUGAACGGCGAGUUUGGCGUCUUGAGCGGUACCUCUUCCGUUGGCGUUGACUGCACGGCCCUCCCGGGUGUCUCGAUGGGCGGCGUCACCUGCACCCACGGCCAGUGCGCCAUCUGGGCUUGCGACCCCGGAUUCAAGCUCAGCGGCCGCGAGUGCGUCCCCGUCAAGAACGUCAAGCGGGCUCUUGACCGUCAGGAGUAG